AUGCCAGGAUCACCACCGCAUCUGCCCGUGUUGCCGGCUGGCUUCGGCACCGACUCCUCCUAUCCACCCAUCCCCGGCAGCACGCGCGUCACCGCCUCUCAGCCCAGACCGUCGGUCGUGCCGGCACCAGCACCGCUGCCGCGUCCAUCAGCACCCUCCGGCCCCACCUACCGCCCCACAGGCCCACCGCUGCCGCCGCUUCCACCUGGCGCGCUCGAGCAGGAACGACGUAGACACCAGUCAGCCAGCUAUUCGUCCUCUGCCAUUCCGCCCUCUUCGGGUCUCAGGCCAGGCCAGUUCGUCCAUGCACCCACACCACCACCGCCCUCAUCUCAGAAUCACUUUGUUGGAGGAUUCGCAACCCCACCUCCACCACACAUGCAGCCAUCCACAUCCACAUCCACAAUGCCAGCACCGGGUCGCGUGCUCCCGCCACCGCCAGCUGCACCCGCACCCAUAUCAUCACACUCACACUCGCAGCAGCUUUCCAACGGCAUGCACAACAUGUCGAUAGGCAACAACAGCGCUAGUUCACACCAGCAGCACGCCUCGGCAGCGCGUCGAGCGAGUGCCAACGACGUCUACGGCCCCAACUCGUCAUCAUCACAAGCUUCUGGCCCGCCGAGCUUGUCGGCGCCAUUGCCGGAUAUCGCGGCGCUGGCGUCGCAGCGAGAGCGAGCGCGCGACGACAAGCAGCGCAUCGCGUGGGCCAAGCAGCUCUUCAAGUACGUCGAGCGCAAUUUUGCCGACGGCACCAAGAUCAGCGAGCCCUUCCUGGUCAAGUGGACAGACGAUGCCAUCGCGAUCGUGCAGCAGAGCGCGUCGGCGGCGCGGCCCGAGCCCGAGGCUCUGUACCUGCGCGGCGACCUGCAGGCGUCGGGCGCCUUCCCGGCGUAUCUGCCCAAGAACCUCAAGGAGGCGUUCAACGACUUUGAGCUCUCGGCACGCAUGGGCUGGGCGCCCAGCUGGUUCCGCAUCGGACGCGACUACGAGGUGCUGGGCGACCAUGCGCGCGCGCGCGACGCGUACGACCGCGGCGUGCACGCCGGCGACGUCGGAUGCAUCUAUCGACUCGGCAUGGCCAACCUGUUGGAACAACUCGAGGUGGGUGUCAACCAUGCGCGUGCGAUCGCGAUGCUGCGCGAUGCAGCCGACAAGGCGGACGUCGACACGCCACAGCCGGCGUACAUCUACGGCAUGCUGCUGGCGGGCGAGUUUGCGCAUGUCGAAAUCGCGCCGCACCUUCUGGCGCCUGCACAGGCCGGCGGGAGUGUCGAGGACGAGGCGCGGCGGCGCAUCCAGAAGGCGGCGUGGCUCGGGUUUGCACCGGCGCAGUACAAGUGCGGCUGGCUGUUCGAGUACGCGCAGCUCGGAUGUGCGUUCGACCCGCUGCUGAGCGUGCAGUACUACAGCCUUGCGUCGCAGGGCGGCGAGACCGAGGCGGACAUGGCGCUCUCCAAGUGGUUCCUCUGCGGCGCCGACCAGUUUUUCGAAAAGAACGAGACGCUCGCCUACACGUUUGCCGACAAGGCGGCGCGGCGCGGGCUGGCGUCGGCCGAAUUUGCGCUCGGCUACUAUCACGAAGUGGGCGUCGGCACGGAGAGGAACGUCGAUGCGGCGCGCAAGUGGUACACCAAGGCGGCGGGCAAGGACAAUGCGGAUGCCAAGGAGAGGCUGCGUGCGUUGCAGGCGCCACAGGCGACGGGAUUGUCGAGGCACGAGCACGAGGCGGUCAUGGACGACAAACUCGUGCGCAGACGCACGCAGGCCAAGAUGCUCAGCGACCGCGAGGGUAGGAGCCCCACCGCGCCCGCACCGGACGCACCGCUGGGCACAUCGCCGCGCCGACAGGCCGGUCCAACUCCGGCUCCGAGCACCGGCGGCCGUCUGGCGGCGCCAGGUGGCAAUACGGGCAAUCAGCUGGAGCUGUCGCGCAAAAAAACCAUGAAGAUGGUCGAGGAGACCGCGGCGGGUCGACGCAGGCACCAGCGUGGCUACGAGCGUGGGGGGCGUUCGGAAGUCGCUGCAGCUCCGACCGCAAACGCAGCCUCUGCUCCAACGGCUGCGCGACCGCCUGCUGCCGUCAAGCCUGUUGCAUCCGCGCCAGCGCCUCGACCCGCCGCUACGGACUACUCUGCACCAUCACACCCGCCCGCAUCCUCCGUCACACCCAGCAACACCUCAGGCACGACGUACGCGACCGCGUCGGACGACUCCAAGAAGGCGUACAACACGUUUGCCGAGAUGGGGUUUGCGCCACAAAAGCCGUCGAAGCGCGACGAGUGUGUGGUGCUGUAG